GCAAAAGCACUUCCGCUGUUCCUCCCUGCGCAGACGAAGAUUUCAGCGAGACAGACAGGAUGGCAGGUCGUCGUGUAGCCCUCAAGGCCAUUGACUGGGUGGCGUUUGCUGAGCGUGUCCCACCCAACCAGAGGGGCAUGUUUAACGCUCUGAAGACUCGAAGUGAUGCCAUCGCUGCCAAACUAACCUCCCUGCCAGAGACUCCUGCAACCAUUGACUGGAGCCUCUACAGGAGCACAGUGGCCAAAGCAGGCAUGGUUGAUGAGUUUGAGAAGAAGUUCAAAGCUCUGCAGAUCCCUGAGCCUGCUGAUACACAGACCAGUGCCAUCAACGCACAGGAGGCCGAGUCUAACAAAAGUGCAUCAGUCUACGUUGAGGCAUCAAAGGCCCGCAUCGCUCAGUAUGAGCAAGAGUUCGAAAAGUUUAAGAACAUGAUCCCCUUCGACCAGAUGACCAUUGAGGAUCUCAACAAUACCUUCCCUGAGACCAAGUUGGACAAGGUCAAAAAUCCCUACUGGCCCCACAAGCCCAUUGCUGAAUUGUAAUCCUAUUACCAGACGCUCACCUCACAAUAAAGAUUAUGUAUUUUAAACUGAA